CUCCACAUAUAGUUCAGCCAGAGCCGCAAAAUCCCGGCCCCUGCCCUUUGGCAUUGCUGCCAUGCGUGCGCUGUUGCGCCUGAUGCCGAAGGCCUCAAGUGCCUCCAGCGGUGCCAGUUGGACUCGGACUUGGACCUCGCAGGUGAAUGGCGAGAGCCAGCCCAGGUCUGCAGCUGCGUCGGCGCAUGCUGCAGGCGGCAAAGGAUGGGGCAAGCACCUGCAGGCCCGAGACCUCCGGCCCAACCCAGGCCCUUGGGAGCGGCAGGAAGCCAGCGCCCGGCGGGAGGGCUUGCCGCUGUCAAGGAGCCUGGGGCAGCCCGCAGAGCCAGCACCUCCACGCGCAGAGAGGUGCCGGAAGCCACCCGGAGCUCCCGGGAUGAACGCCUGAAGCACAUUGGCUUGAACAAGGAUAUCCUGGCGUGCCAGUCUGCGGAAGAGAUUCUGGAGCUUUGCGACCAGAGACUCGACGAGUUCAAUCAGAUCAAUGUGGUCACAGCCUUCCACCGAAUUGCCAAGUAUGAGAAGGCGCGCAGCGAGGGCGAAACCACAGAGUCUCAAAGAGGCGCUGAGUUUCAGUGAGCCACAUUGUGUUGGACAUUUAGCUCAGUUCAAAGCGAAUCGACCUCUUGACCUUUCGGUUUUCCCUUUCUGUUGGGUCCAUUUUGUGCGGUCCCCAAAGGUGAUCACCU